GAAGUGAAAUGAAGUAAGCACCUCUCGAUUUAUAUUUCUGAGUACGCCUCCUUGACAGUGUACUGACGUGAACAGACUGAGUUUUAAAUCAUGUCAGAUUUUGAAAUAUUUGACGGAGAUAUAAAUCAUGUUUCUGCAGAAGAGGAUCCUGCUGCAGAUUUUCUUGCGCGAGAACAAGAUGAAUUAGCUGGUCUAGAAGAUGAUACCCUAGGCUUAAGUUCUGGCACGAAUGCGGCAGUUUCUGAUUUUAAUGAAAAUGCAUUUGAGACUCACAAUGCUGUGAAUUCUGAGCAUAUGAAUGGACCUAGUGAACCUUUUCCUGCUACUACGCCAUCACGUUCUGCAAAUCGUGAAGAACCACAGAAAAUUAAAAUGUGGCGAGAAGAGCAACAAAAAAUGCUAGAAAUAAAAGAUGCAGAAGAAGAAAAGAAAAAGCUAGAAUUGCAACAAACAGCAAAAAAGGAAUUGGAUGAUUGGUAUGCACGUUACAGAGAACAAAUUGAGAAAGCUAAAUUGAAUAAUAGGGAGGAAUCCAAAAAUGCUGAAAAGGAAUGGGUAGCUGACAGAGAUGCUGAAUCUCCUGGCCAAGAAUGGGAGCGUAUUGCACGUCUAUGUGACUUUAACCCCAAAUCAUCCCGUAGCACCAAAGAUACGUCACGGAUGCGUUCAAUUAUUUUGCAGCUUAAACAGUCUCCCAUUCCCCCAAGAAAUUCUUAAAGUGUAUAUAAAAAAUCUAGUUUAUUCCCGUAUUGUUUAAAAAAAGUAAUAGUUGCAAAAAUGUAGCAUUCUCUAUGUAUGUAGAUCUAAUCUAUAUUUUGUGGUUUAUUUGAUUUGUUUUAAAAAAAUCAAAUUAUUUAUUACACACAGUUGAAAAUUUAAUUUGAAACUACAGAUUAUUAUUUUGAUCUAUUUAAAACUUUAAGAUUACUGUUCUUUAAAAAUUAAAUUUAUUUUCUCUCUGCGAUAAGAGUAAUUUGUUGCUUUUAAUUUCACUGUUCAUAGCAUUUUAUACUCAUUGAAAAAGCAAUUUGACCAGAACUUAUCACUUAUAUUUUGUUGAUCUGUAAAUGUUUUUAUUUAUCUUUUGCUGUCAAAAUCUACAUAUUUUAUUAUUCUGAGUUUACUUAAUGUUGAACUUUGUAAGCUCUUGGUACCAAUAAAAUAGUUCAGUUAUUCUCUGAA